CGUUGGGGUGAAUAGGAGCAUGUUGGGGCAUGUGACGCGAAUAGACCUAAGAAGUGACAAGAAGUAGCACGCGUAGUACUUAUGAAUCUGAAGAGGUUAUAGUAAAAAGAAGUAAAUAUAUACACCGUCCAGUGCACACACGCCAUGUAACAAUAUACGACUGUGCAUAUGUAUGUGUGCGAUCCGCUCGAUUAUGAAUUUCCGCGGAUCGUCAACGUAUCAAAAACGGUGGAUCGUCUGUCAUUGGUCGAAAUUUAAUACGCCCGAUACGCGCGUAUCGUAAUACGCGCCAUGGGACGUCACCCUUAUACAUCACUGCUUUAUUGCUAUUCUUGAUGCGCAUGAGCGAAAAAUCCGGCCCGCAUCUCAUCUCUCAUCACUGUUUCCAUCCUUUUUGCUCGUUAUUCGAACGCUGUCAGGACUGCCACGGACGUGGGGUAAAUCCGGCAUGUGUCACGUGUACUUACCGCAUAUAUGUACGAAAAGUAACGAAUAUUAGGGAACUGGGUGUGAGUUUUGAUAUCGCGCUCUCGCGCGGAACAUCAUGGAUGAUAGACGAAACAACCGUGAGGUUAUAACAGUAUUAUUUCUGUGUCUAUUGUGGUACGCAGUGUCCAGUAGCAGUAAUGUCGUCGGUAAAAUGUUGCUAUCAGAGUUUCCAUAUCCGCUCACGGUGACCAUGGUGCAGCUGACCUCGAUUACCGUAUACUCUGGCCCAUUCUUCAAUCUGUGGGGUGUAAGAAAAUACUCAUCCAAUAUAACGUGGCGUUAUUAUCUGCGGCUCAUUGUACCGCUGGCCCUGGGCAAGUUUCUAGCGAACAUAUUCAGCCACGUCAGUAUUUGGAAAGUGCCCGUCUCUUAUGCUCACACUGUGAAGGCUACAAUGCCUCUUUUCACGGUGGCUCUAUCAAGAAUAAUACUUCGGGAGCAUCAAACAUGGAAGGUGUAUCUGAGCCUUGUACCAAUAGUUGGUGGUGUAGCUGUAGCCACACUAACAGAACUUAGUUUCAACAUGAUCGGCUUGAUAAGUGCUUUAGCAUCCACUAUGGCGUUUUCUUUGCAAAAUAUUUACUCGAAAAAGGUGUUACAUGACACAGGAAUACAUCACUUGCGGCUGCUACACAUACUUGGCCGUCUAGCUUUAUUCAUGUUCUUGCCAAUUUGGAUUGUGUAUGAUUUGCGCAGUUUGAUAUAUGAACCGAUGUUGAAACCGUCCAUAGAGAUAAGCUAUUACGUGUUAGGAUUAUUAUUUCUAGAUGGAAUACUUAAUUGGUUUCAGAACAUUAUUGCGUUUUCUGUGCUUCACAUUGUCACGCCUCUAACAUAUGCAGUGGCAAGCGCCAGCAAACGCAUAUUUGUGAUAGGAAUAACAUUACUCGUACUUGGCAAUCCAGUUACAUGGCUUAACAUAUUUGGUAUGACAAUGGCCAUAUUAGGGGUAUUAUGUUACAAUAAGGCUAAGUAUGAUCAGAGAAUAGAGAAACAGAAGAAGACAAUUCUUCCGAAACAUUAUAACACAACUCAGAACGGUAAUACAAACAAUUAUUUUAUGUUAAAUGGUUUUACAAGCAGACAUCAAUUAUUUGCAGUCUAGUUUCAAUUAAUAAUGUUUUCCAUACGUGUGAAUGGAUUUUUAUAAAGUAUUAUGAUCGGAUAUAAUUGGUUGAAAAAGAAGCUCAUAUAAUCAAUUGCUUUAAAUAUUAUGCACAGUGGAAUCCCGCAAUAACAUAAAUCCCUUCCAUAAGCACACACAAGUAGCGUAAGUGAAAGAUAACAAUGCAGUUAUGUACCAUAAUUGAUAUUCUUCUAGCCAUUACAACGUGCCAUUUCGUGCAGGUCUCGAGUAAAAUCGUAAACUGAAGUUAGAACACCGCUGAGUAUAACUUUUACGAUUUUAAACUUUGUAAAACUAGCGCCAAACUAUGCGAUUUAUAUUUCGCGAUUCGUGAUUCUUAAUUUAUUCAACAUUCGGAGAGAUUUGUCAUUUGCUUUUGUAAACCUGCAAUACUAUUCGCGAUUCAUAGUAUAUUAUUUGUAAUUCAUAAUUUAUCGUUUCUUUGAUUAUUCGUGUUACUUUGGUCAGUUCCGGCAGAUAGAUGUUUAUUUAAUUUUUAUAUUUGUUGUGCCAAAAACUGGAUAGACAAAAAUGUAGUCACUCCUAAUGUACUCCUAAUUUUUUAAUAUAUUUAAUUUUUCAGUGAUAUGAUCUGUAUACUUGAAGAUUAGAUUUCUUCUCUUGGUAUCUUUGAGAAUGUACUAAUUUGAAGUUCAAACUCUUGAAACAGUUAAAAAUUUUUUUAGUUUUGUAAUUUUUGUCCUUUGGAUUUUAUAAACAUUUAUAUAUUUUUUGUCUUUUAGAAGUGCAAAGGGACGAUUAUUUGUCUACUCAUUUUCCAUUAUAGGAACUGAUCUAAUCUAAUCUUAAUGAGAACUCACUAGAUGGAGCACGAAUUGUCACAAAUAGUGUGGCACCACGAAUGGAUUUAUUCGUUUUGAUUUGCGACUUUUGAAAUUUUUCUUCUGCUUCUUGAAAUAUGGUACUCGUUUCUUAAAUAUAUGGGAACGAUUCGACCAAAAGACAAAUAAUAAAAAUAUUAAAACAUAAAUGCUGUACUAUGAAAUAAAAAUGCUAAUUAUUAACAUUAGCAAUUUCUCACUAAUUUUGAUCAGCUUUAAAUAUGUUGUCAAGAUCAUUAUUCUGAACAACUUUUUCCUAUACAUGUUACCGCCGCUCGGCUUUAGUUUUUGAGUUAUACAAAAAAAUUAUUAACAGUUUAAUAAAUAUGAUACAUACAGGUAGCUUCGAUGGCUUUGACUAUAACAUGUUGUCAAGGUCAUUUUCUUGAGUGACCUUGAUGGGUUUUAGCCGUCGGUCGUGAUUCGUUAAAAAGUUAUUAACAAAAAAAGUUUUAUAAAUCCGAUACAAUGAUAUCGGUGCUUUAGCACCGAUUUUUUAUCUCCGUGCCACAGAGCAAUGUAGAAACAAACGACUUCUUACUCCAUUUUUUAUGCCUUUAUAAUUCCACGAUGCUAUAUUGUUUGUAAAUAGUCACUUAUAACAUUAACCUUCAUUAUUAUUAACAGAAAUUGGAAAAAUUUCGACCAUUAUGUCAAAAAAUUUAACUAUUUAUCAGUGCAGCGAUUUAUCAAUGACUAUUUACAAACGGCAUAGCAUCGUGGAAUUAUAAAAGCAAAAAAGUAGGGCAGAAGUCGCUACAAUUGUUUGUUUCCACAUUGUUGGAAAAGUUAUUCAGAAUAAUGAUCUUGACAACAUAUUUAAAGCUCAUCAAAAUCUGUGAGGAAUCGCUAAUGUAAGUAAUUACCACAAAAAUGUAUUUAGAAUGUCAAGACAGUUGAUUGCAUCAACAACUCUCAGAAAUAAUUUUAUGAAACACCUGUACGCGUUUUCGCUUAACAAAAAGCUUGUUUGAGGUUAUUGAAAAAUCACUUAGCUACCAAAUCGGUAUGAAUGACGAAUCGUGUAUGACGAAUUUUUCUUUUACAUUAUUUACGAACAUUAUACAAAUCGCGAAUUGCGAAUAUGCGCACAACUAGUGUCGCUCUAAUUUAAUUAUUUAUAAUGGUGUACUUAUAAAGUUCCGUAUGUGUGCUAUUGUGAGAUUCCACUGUAUAUGCAUAUAUGUGUGCGCGCAAUAAUAUAUAUACAUCGAUGUGCACAAUGAAAAAAAUAAACGUUCUCUUGUUUUGAAAAACAUCGGAACAUUUAAAUAUACAUGAUAUCCUGCUAUAAAUGCUCUUUUUUAUCUUGUAAACUAAAAUUAUAUAUAUACAUAUCAAAUAUGAAAUAUAAAAUUAAAAUUUGAAUUGAACACUUUUAUGGGUAUAAUAAUCACUUAUAACAAUUACGUGUAUUAUUUAUGUUAAAAAACGGAAGAACGUAUAUAAUUUUUUUAUGAUAACGUGAAUAUAUUCGAUAUAGCAGAGAUUGUAACGUAUUUUCUAAGAAAUACAACCCAGGUAGCAAACACAAGUCAUUUUGACGUCAAAUUUUGAUUCCCUGACUAUUAUUGACGUCUUAAUGACGUUAAAAUGACGGUCAAUGUCACAGAUUGUUGACGUCACAAUAAAGAUGACAUUUUAACGUCAUUUUUAUGGCUAUCCCAGGUAGUAAAAGUCGCCGUUACUUUGACGUUUUAGAAAAUAUUUUGGGUACAUAUUCUAUAAAUGCAGCACUUGCAUUGUGAAAA